AGAAAGACGGAUCCAGCAGAAAGCUGGGCUGCAGCGCAAGAAUGGCUGUGAUGUUGGCAAGUCUGCUCUGCACCCGAAAAAUGCACAAGUGCACUGGGGAACAGCAGUUGCCCUUACGAGUUUCCCUACACAUCAGGAAAUCUGAAAAAAUGGGAUUUUUACAUCUCUCCAGCCAGCACUGAAAACGAAUGGGGAUUGAAUUGCUUUGCCUCUGUUUCCUAUUCCUGCAAAGAAAUAACUAUGUGCAAGGGACCUGUUCGCAGGAAAGCACAGUGACUUGUGAAGAUUGUUUGCUUUCCGGACCACACUGCGCUUGGUGUUUGCAAGAGAAUUACACAGACUCGGCUGGAAUUCAUGGGAGGUGUGAUACCCCAGAAAAUCUUUUGUCAAAAGGAUGCCAGUUGAAUUUGAUUGAAUUUCCCAUUUCAGAAGUAGAAAUUCACAGAAACAAGCCCCUAACUAUAUCAGUCCAGAAGAACAAUUCUGAUGUCACACAGAUUUCUCCUCAAAAAUUAACUCUCAGGCUGCGACCAGGUAAGUCACAGUUCAUAGAUAUCAAGGUUCGCCAGACUGAAGAUUAUCCAAUUGAUCUCUAUUACCUCAUGGAUCUUUCAGCCUCCAUGGAUGAUGAUCUGAAUACAAUCAAAGAACUGGGUUCAACUCUUUCUAAAGAAAUGUCAAAACUGACAAGCAACUUCAGACUGGGGUUUGGAUCUUUUGUUGAAAAACCAGUUUCACCAUUUAUCAAAACUACAGCUGCAGAAAUAAACAACCCUUGCAGAAGUGUACCAUAUGAGUGCUUACCCACCUUUGGAUAUAAGCAUGUUUUGCCACUAACAAAUGAUGCUGAAAAAUUCAAUGAAAUCGUGAAAGUACAGCGAAUCUCUGCUAAUAUAGACACUCCAGAGGGAGGAUUUGAUGCAAUUAUGCAGGCAGCUGUUUGCAAGGAAAAAAUUGGAUGGAGGAAUGAUUCUCUACAUUUGCUGGUGUUUGUGAGUGAUGCUGAUUCCCAUUUUGGGAUGGACAGUAAACUGGCAGGAAUUGUUAUUCCUAAUGAUGGAAACUGUCAUUUGGACCACAAUAACGAAUAUUCCAUGUCAACUGUUCUGGAGUAUCCCACAAUUGGACAAUUAAUUGACAAACUUGUGCAAAACAAUGUUCUAUUAAUUUUUGCUGUAACGAAUGAGCAAGUUCACACAUAUGAGAACUAUGCAAAACUUAUUCCUGGAGCUACUGUUGGACGACUACAGAAGGAUUCUGGAAAUAUUCUCCAAUUGAUCAUUACUGCAUAUCAGGAGCUAAGGUCUGAGGUGGAGUUGGAGAUCCUGGGAGAGACAGAAGGGCUCAAUCUCUCCUUCACGGCCAUUUGUAACAAUGGGACCAUUUUUCCACAUCAGAAGAAAUGCUCUCGCGUGAAAGUGGGAGAUACAGUCUCUUUCAAUGUGACUGUAAGUCUCCCCUCUUGUGAAAAAAACAGAAGGCAUAUCAUGAUAAAACCUGUGGGGCUCAGUGACGUGCUGGAAAUGGAAAUACAUCCCCUAUGCAGCUGCAACUGUCAGGCAAAGGCCGAGAUGAACAGCCCAAAAUGCAACCAAGGGAAAGGAUCGUUCGAGUGUGGGGUGUGCGUCUGCAGCCCGGGGUAUGUGGGGCCGCACUGUGAGUGCGACGAGAGCUCCCUGGGCACCAGUUCCUGCAAGGGCUCAGCUGGUCAGAGCUCCUGCAGCGGGAGAGGCGACUGCUACUGCGGGCAGUGUGUGUGCCACCCGUCCCCGUACGGAAAGGUGUACGGGCCUCACUGCGAGUGUGAUGACUUCUCCUGUGGGAGGCACAGAGGGCUUCAGUGUGGAGGCAAUGGUGACUGUGAUUGUGGGGAAUGCAAGUGCCACAGUGGAUGGACUGGUGAAUACUGUAAUUGCACAACUGACACCAGCGCCUGCAUUGCUGAGGAUGGGACACUGUGCAGUGAGAGAGGAGAAUGCAUCUGUGGGACAUGUGCUUGCACCCAUCCAGGGACUUCAGGCCAAACAUGUGAAAAAUGCCCUCUCUGCGGUGACUCUUGCAGUUCCAGAUGGAGCUGUGUGGAAUGUCACUUGGCUUCCCAUGACAAGUCACUGGGAGAUUGCAGUGAAAAAUGCAAAUUGGUUGAUGCAACUGUCAGCAUUGCAAAGGAUUAUUCAGAGGAUAAAUCCAUUUCCUGCUCUUUGCAGGGGGAAAAUGAAUGUAUAACCACAUUUCUGCUGGCUGUGGAUGAACAGGGAAGGACAGUCAUUCACAGCAUAGAACAGAAAGAUUGCACACAACUUCCAAAUAUCCCAAUGAUAAUGGUGGGUGUCACCCUUGCUAUCCUUCUCAUUGGCAUUGUUUUACUUUGUAUAUGGAAAUUGCUGGUGUCAGUUCAAGACCGAAAAGAGGUGGCCAAGUUUGAAGCAGAAAAAUCAAAAGUUAAGUGGCAAACGGAAACAAAUCCACUGUACAGAGGCUCAACAACCACUUUUAAAAAUAUAACUUACAAGAACCAAGAAAAGCAAAAAGGGGCCAUGGCUGCAGAUUUCUACUAGCACCUCCAACACUACAAACUUAGUUAUCCUGGCAGGGAAUCUAAAGACACCUGUUUCUUCUCAGCUGAUUAUGUGAUAUUUGUUUGCACCUUGCAGUGGUAUAACUGUUCUGUUGGAGAAAAUAUAUCUUGUGUUGGGAAAAAUAUAGAUAUCAUAUUAGACAUAAAGGUUGGUAGAAAUAUUAAAAAAUUGAAUUCUUUACUAUUAAGCCCCCAUCUUAAAAAAAUGGCAUCACAAAUAAUUUUGUCAUUAAUACUGAGGAUUAAAAAUUAUCAUAUGUAAGACUAUUUUUGUUAAAUUAGGUAUUUACAAUGAGCUUUACACUACUUUGUUCAUACAAACAAUCCCAUAUAUUUGUGUUUAGGAAUGUAUUUGUACCAGUCUAUCUGGUGGGCUGAUUUAAAUUUAAAAAAGAUUUUUUUUCAUGAAUGAACUACUGAGGAUAGAGCUUCCUCAUACCACCUGUGUGACUGAAUAGUUUUUCAUCAGAAAAAAGUAGUGGUAUUGACUGUCUUAUGUGUCUAAGUUACACAGAAGCAUUUCCUCUCUGAUUCUUCUUUCUUGUCCUGUUUCCCUCUUUCCUUGUCCUUGUUGCUGUUUGAUGUUCUUUAAGGACCCGGUCCCUGGGGUUUUCUCAGGGAAAGCUGAGUCAAGCCUUAUUCACUUGCAAUGAAUACUUUUCUCCUCCAGGAAUAGACUGGGUUU